AUGCAUUCUUCUGACCCAAUCCUGCAACCCUCUGCGACCGUCACACUCGAUUCCGGCAUCUCCUGGCAGUCCUGCCUGGGCGUUCUGUCUGCCACGGAGUGUACACUUGUGUUGCUGUGCUGGCUCAUCCGCAGCCGCUGGCUUGUUCGGGAAGCAAACUCGACCAUCUGCAUCCCUGUCGUGCACCGCCCACGUCUUGAGCCCGAACCUGACCUGGAUCCACGAUACCAGUUCUUCUUCGGCGUCCCGCCCCGGCUACAAAUCAGCAAGGCACCUCAAAUUGUCAUAGCCCACCUGCAGGUUCGUAAAGUACGGUUGUAUGACGUCGACUUGUGCGUCGGGAUUGCCUUCCAGGACCCUCGUGGACCGGAUUCCAAAAUCCAGUUCUAUUUCAAGGCCAAGGGCUCGGUCAAGCCGGACUCGGAGGUCCAUACAAUUGACGAAGUGGCACGACGUAUCGAUGAACCGGUUGAUCAGAGGAAGACGCAAUGUGAGGACGAGCUCGAGGACGACUUCUCGCUGGACGUCCUGACGAGCUUCCCGCUUGAAGCGUAA